GCGACCAAAUCCAUCUUAAUCCAAAUUCUUCUGCUGUUUCCAGCAUCAGAAUAAUUUCCCCCACUAGAACAACCAACCCAAUUCUUUUCCCUCUUCCACUUAUUCCACUUCUCUCUUCCAACAACUUUCGCGUUGUCGAUUAGAGAGGUGCAUCUGUUUUAUAACAACGCGAUACCGAUAUCUAUUCAUCUGCGUGAAAAAAGUUAUUCUCUAAUUCGUCAACCUUUCAAUACUUUGUCGGGGGCGAGCAAAACAAAUCACCCCGCCUUAUUUCACAUACGCCUAGACGCACCUAUUUGGUCUAUUCCGUCACUUGAAACACUCAAGCGAAUACACCAUCAGCAAUCAUGGCCGACAGGUUCAUCCCCGAGCAUCGUCGCACUAACUAUAAGGCGAAGGGCACCUUUAAGCCCGAUGAACUUCGCCGACGACGUGAGGAGCAAGCUGUCGAGAUCCGUAAGGCUAAGAGAGAGGAGAACUUGGCUAAGCGACGAGGUAUUGGCACCGGCGACUCGCGUCCCGGUGCUUCCUUAGGCGCUGCUCCUGAUAGCGACGAUGAAUCCGCUCCCACUGAGAGCCAGCUUAACGAGGAUCUUCCUCAGAUGGUCCAAGGUGUCUUCUCCGACCAGAUCGAUCUCCAGAUCCAAGCCACUACCAAGUUCAGAAAGCUUCUCUCCAAAGAGCGAAACCCCCCUAUCGAGGAGGUCAUCAAGACCGGCGUCGUUACCCGAUUUGUAGAGUUCCUUCGUUCACCUCACACGCUGGUUCAGUUUGAGGCUGCCUGGGCCUUGACCAAUAUCGCAUCUGGAAGUGCAACUCAGACUCAAGUCGUUAUCGAGGCUGGCGCGGUCCCCAUCUUUGUCGAGCUUCUAUCAAGUCCCGAGCCCGAUGUUCGCGAGCAGGCCGUCUGGGCCUUGGGCAACAUCGCUGGUGAUAGCCCAUCAUGCCGAGACUACGUUUUGAGCUGCGGUGCCCUGAAACCUUUGCUUGCUCUGCUUGGUGACAGCCGCAAGCUCAGCAUGCUACGCAACGCUACGUGGACCUUGAGCAACUUCUGCCGAGGCAAAACCCCUCAGCCAGACUGGAACACUAUCGCACCUGCGCUCCCUGUGCUCUCCAAGCUGGUUUACUCUCUUGACGAUGAAGUUCUGAUCGACGCCUGCUGGGCGAUUUCGUAUCUCUCAGAUGGAUCUAACGACAAGAUCCAGGCCGUUAUCGAAGCCGGAAUUCCCCGCCGCCUUGUGGAAUUGCUCAUGCACGCAUCCACAUCCGUCCAAACACCUGCGCUUCGAUCUGUUGGCAAUAUCGUUACUGGUGAUGACGUACAGACCCAAGUUAUCAUUAACUGCGGCGCACUGACUUCUCUAUUGUCUCUGUUGAGCUCUAACAAGGAUGGUAUCCGCAAGGAGGCGUGCUGGACCAUCUCAAAUAUUACUGCCGGUAACUCUCUGCAGAUCCAGGCCGUUAUUGACCACAACCUUAUCCCUCCCCUAAUCCACCUUUUGUCGAAUGGGGACCUGAAGACCCGUAAGGAGGCAUGUUGGGCCAUCAGCAAUGCGACUAGCGGUGGUCUCCAAAAGCCUGAACAGAUCAGAUAUUUGGUCUCUCAAGGCUGCAUCAAGCCGCUCUGCGACCUUCUCGGAUGCCCCGAUAACAAGAUUAUCCAGGUCGCUCUUGAUGGCCUAGAGAAUAUUCUCAAGGUGGGCGAUCUUGACAAGCAGGCGGCUGGCGAAGGUCCUGAGUCGAUCAACCGCUACGCAUUGUUUAUUGAAGAGUGCGGAGGCAUGGAGAAGAUCCACGAUUGCCAGACGAACGCGAACGAAGAGAUCUACAUGAAGUCUUACAACAUCAUCGAGAAGUACUUCUCCGACGAGGACGAAAACGCCGAAGACGGCAUGGCCGCCCAAACUCAAGCUAACGGGACGUUCGGGUUCGGAACCAACGGCGCGCAAGGUGGAGGCUUCAACUUCGCGAACGGCGCCGACUCGAUGGAUAUGUAAGGUGGCAUCCUUGCAAAUUUUCGCAAACCCGACUUUACGAACUCAUUGGGCAACCCAGCACAUAGUCACAGCACAGACAUCAUACCCCCAAAAUUCCCCCGCUUUGCCUUACAUGUAGCCCACACCCCUGCACAAGUCCCAAUGAGAACGGCGUUAAUCGAGUUAUGAGGAAUAUUGAACCUUGGUCAACCACAUGAGAGGAGAAUUUCUACACAGGCAACUUGGUAGCUUUAAAGCUCCAACCUGGGAGGGAGAAACAGAAAAGUGGUUGAGGAGGAGGCGAUACAUUUUGUACGAGGGUCGUCAAUGGUAGCUUGAAAGCUCCUACCCUCCAUGUCAGAGAAGGAUUCUGAGUGAAUCCUAGUAUGGGAAGAUCACUGGAAGGGCAUUGCGCAACGAACUGGUACGACGUCAACUACCUAGUUUUGUCGCCGGAGAAGUUGUGCUUAAUGCUGUCGCUCCCAAGUGGUAGGACACAGAUCUUCCAAAAUCCGAGAAGCUAGACAACUCGCUACGUUGGUCAUACCAAGUGGUAAAUUGACCUUCGAUGGAUGUAGUAAAUAGUCAGGUACUCGAUAGGCUUAGCAAGACGACAAUGAUGCGUUUAGCUUUUAGCUUGCCCCCAAAAUUGAUUAUUACACCAAA